AUGAGAUUCCAGGGCAUGCGCGUUACUUCUGAUGACCGCGUGCGCUGCCAUUUUGAAGCGUUCAGUCAAUGUUUGGUGGCUGUCUAACGAUCCUUUGCAGUUUUGCAUCAACAGUCGACCGAUGCCUACUAAACUAUUCGUAGGGAACAUCUCAGAAUCAUGCAGUGAAGACGAUCUUAAGGAAGCCUUCGAAAAAUACGGUACCAUUGUGGAGCAUGCAAUAGUUCGAAAUUAUGCAUUUGUGCAUUUUGAGAAUAAAGAGGACGCCGAAAAUGCGAUAAAAGAGCUACAUGAAACGGAGCUGAAAGGCAAUGUUAUUAGAGUAUUAAUGUCAACCACUCCACAUAAGAAGGGCAGGGGAGGUGGAGAAGGAAGAAAUCCGUACCCAAGAGACAGAGCACCGGGGAAUUCUCGAGGUCCUCCUCGAGGUGGAGGCGGCAGUGGUUACUACCCUCCCGAAAGAAGCCGCUAUCAUCCAUACUACGAUCGCGAGUACUACAGACAAGCACCCUAUCCUUCGUCAUACAGUCGAAGUUCUUAUGGAUAUUACAGUACAUACGACAGUGAUUACAGGGACUAUCAGCGGUCUUAUCCGCCUUCAUCAUAUUAUUAUGGAGACAGUAGAUUUGGCGGGCCUGUUACUUACCCGGACACAUCGAAGAGGCAAUCGUGGGAUCGUUAG